UCGGUCUCCGGCUCGUUUUUGAAUGAGCGGCUCGGCGCGGGGAGCGCGUGGAGGAGCGCCCCUGGAGCUCACGCAGCCUCCCUCGCGCGAAGGACGCGCGCCCUCAUCACUCCACGAUGCUGCGAACCAAGUUUUCAUCCACGCGAUGAAUCCCGCCAACGAAACCAGAGCUGAGAGAAGUGCUGAACAUUAUAUUUUCGCAGUGGGAACCUACAAACUUCUCGCCUUCACCAUCGGCACCAUCGGAGUGCUCGGCUUCUGUAACAACGUGCUGGUCCUUAUACUCUACUGUAAAUUCAAGAGACUCCGGACGCCCACCAAUCUGCUGCUGGUCAACAUAAGUUUGAGUGAUUUGCUGGUGUCUUUGGUCGGGAUAAACUUUACCUUUGCUGCGUGCGUAAAAGGCGGAUGGACUUGGAGCAAGGCGACAUGCGUCUGGGACGGCUUCAGCAACAGCUUAUUCGGCAUCGUUUCCAUCAUGACUUUGUCUGCCCUGGCCUAUGAGCGCUACAUCCGGGUGGUCCACGCCCAGGUGGUGGACUUCCCCUGGGCGUGGCGGGCAAUCGGCCACAUCUGGAUGUACUCCCUGGCCUGGACGGGGGCUCCGCUGCUGGGCUGGAACCGCUACACACUGGAGAUCCACCAGCUGGGCUGCUCCCUCGACUGGACGUCCAAGGACCCCAACGAUGCCUCCUUCAUCCUCCUCUUCCUGCUGGCCUGUUUCUUUGUGCCUGUGGGCAUCAUGAUCUACUGCUACGGGAACAUCCUCUACACAGUGCAAAUGCUGCGCUCCAUCCAGGACCUCCAGACGGUUCAGAUCAUCAAGAUCUUGCGGUAUGAGAAGAAGGUGGCCGUCAUGUUUUUCCUGAUGAUCUCCUGCUUCCUGUUGUGCUGGACGCCUUAUGCUGUUGUGUCCAUGAUGGAGGCCUUUGGCAGGAAGAGCAUGGUCUCCCCAACCGUGGCCAUCAUCCCGUCGUUCUUUGCCAAGUCCAGCACAGCCUACAACCCCCUCAUCUACGUGUUCAUGAGCAGAAAGUUCCGGCGCUGUCUGCUGCAGCUGCUCUGCUCGCGCCUCACGUGGCUGCAGUGCAGCCUCAAAGAGCGCCCACUCGCCCCGGUCCAGCGCCCCAUCCGACCGAUCGUCAUGUCCCGGCCGUGCAGCAGCAGGAACCGACCCAAGAAGAAGGUGACGUUCAGCUCCUCCUCCAUCGUCUUCAUCAUCACUAGCGACGACCUCCACCGCCUGGACGUGACCUCUAAGACUCGAGAUUCCACGGACGUCAAUGUCAUCCAAGUGAGGCCCUUGUGAGCCGAAUGGACUGGACUCUCUCUCCCCACUACUCAGUAUGCCUUAGGACCUAACAUGCAAUUCCAAGCCAAAAUAAUCCUGCCUGACCUCCCUGGACAUUUCUGCGUCCACACACAGUUACAGACUUGGUACCAGUAAUAGUAAAUAUCCAACUGUCAGCACUAAGAUCUCAGCUGAACAUGUUUCCUGGCGGCGUUUCGUCUCAGCAGGUAGUAUAAAUGUGUGACAUCCUCAUCUAACAUCCAUCGUGGUGAUAGAACAUAGUACACACUUAUGUAGUUAACAACUAGUAAUAUGUUUCUCUUGGAUCACACUUAUUUGUCAAAUAUGCCACACAAUAUACAAUAUGUAAAAAGGGCAGAGUAUUUAAAGGACAGCGGUGAUGUGGACCUGAGUUUGGAUCAUCAUGUGAUUUUUUUUUUUUUUUUUUUUUUGGUUGGUACCCAACUGCAAGUGUGUGAAAUGGAAAAAUAAGCCUUAGCUCUGUAGCCAUAAACCAUAAU